CGCUUUGCCCCGGUCCCCUCAGCGCCGUGUGGAGGUGCUGGGGGCUCGGUUCGGCUCCUGCCGGUUCUUUGUCGUGCCCCGUGGCCGGGAGCGCCGCCCCGCGCCGCGUUUCCAGCCGCCGGCUGCGGUCGAGCCCCCAACGGCCGAGGCGGGCGUGACAGAAAAUGUCGGCUGUGGCGGCGGGCGGGGGGCUCGGGGGGCGCCUCCUCAGGAGGCCGCGGCUGUUCUGUGCCCACAGCAGGGCUCGGCCCCCCUCCCCACCCCCCGGAGGACGCUGUGCUGACAGCUGAGGAGCCAGGUCCAGAGCCCUUCGUUUUGGGAAGGCGGCCUUGUGCCUCCAGGGAGCCUGUGGUGGGCGGUUUGGUGUUAGCCCCGUCCUCGUAGCGAGCUCCUGCUCGCUGCCAGAACGCAGUGCUCCAGCCUCGGUGACUUCUCCCCCUCUACAUAAAUCAGAUCCCAGCGUAGGCUUACAAACACUGUGUGAGAGGGGCACAUAAAGCAGUUGCUGUGGCCUUUUGUGAGCUGUAAACUUGCCAGGGCACAAGAUGGGCUCAGAGGAGCUCUCAGUCCAUGCCAAUGCAAAUAACACUCUAAUCCUCUGGACAGUUAGUUCUGUGCUGAGGAACAUACAGUCACAAACCUCUUAACCUUUCUCGCCAAACAGUACUGAUUUAUUCCUGCUUUUGAUUCCCCAAGAAGCCAUGCAAUUUUGGCAUAAAAACUUAAAAAGCAAAGGUUUUCCGUGAGGGUUAAUUAUUCAACUUGCUAGCACAGCAGUAGUCCCUUGAUUCCUCUUGUGCAUCAAGGAAAACACAAGGAAGGAGUCUGCUUUAAAAAUCCUCUAAGAGGUCAAAAUCCAAGAGCGUGCCUGUUCUCAACUAUUUUUGUACAAAUCCAAUGGCAAAAAGCAAGCGUAAAUCAUUUAUCUAUUGUUGGAUCAGUGAGGAGGGGAACAUGAGGGGAAACGGGAAAGAGGAGUAAAGACCAGCUGAGAGCAGAGGUGUGGGUCUUGUCCUCCCUCCCAGUGCAGGCGGUGAGAACAGGCUUUCCUAAGAACACAAUGACAAGCCAGUGCAGCUAACAAUCCUGGGAAUUCUUUAUAAAUGAGGGGCUAAAAUGGCCUUGGCGAGUCCCCAGUUGUGCAUAUAUAUGGGGAGUGGGGAAGAAAGCUCUGAGCGCUGUGAGCUAAGGUGGGAAAGAGCGAGUCCAGGAAUGCAGAUCUUAAUGUUCACUGCUGACCGUGAAAACCCUGGGAGAGCUGAGAAUUCUGCCGACACUGAAUGCACACACUUUGUUCUUGCUCUGUUCUGUUGUUCCCUUGCUUUCUUUCCUGUGGUGUACUUAAGUUCAUCUUUCAUUUGAUUGAAGGGAAGCUGUUCUAAUGGCCUCAGAAGGGCAAAGUGAGGAUACAGAGCAUCCACCUGAGCCUCCUACAGCCCCUGUUCAGAGUAACAGAGCCUUGCAGUGGGGAGCUAUACUUGCUGCAGUGAAAGAUCAGCUCCCAUCUCUGGACUCUGACACUUCCACAUCUGAUUGUGAGAGUGAUGAGGAGCUUUUUAUCUUCCAUCGAGAGCAUCCCAACUUAAUUCCUGACCUGUCAGAAGAAUUGCUGGAGUUCUCCCUGGAAGACGCUGACACACAGGUUGUUGGCUGUUGUGAGCAGCAAGUGAAGGAAACAGGAAGAUAUCCAUGGGAGAUCUGGAAUGGAGAUCUGAAAAGUUUUGGCUUUCAGAAAAAAACAGAUGGUGCCCAAGUUAGUGCAAGAGAACAUGUACUGGUGAUUAAAGAUGAGACUUCCAGUCUUGCCAGCCAUGCUGAAGAAAUUCCAGGCCAAAAGGGAGCUGUUUUUUCUGAAGAACCUCUUGCAGAUUCCACAGAUGGACUUGAAGAGCAAGAGCUGGGCAGGCAACAGGCCAAGGAAAGAGUGAACUCUUGGCUUAAUACAGCAUCAUUAGUGGAAGAGCUGGGCAAUAAAAAAGAAAGGAGAAAGCUGAUAAAGACAAAGAUACUCUCAAAAAUAUAUCUAGAGCCAUCACCAGGCCAGCCAGAGCUAAAUGUCAAGCCUCCUUCCCAUGGCAUGAGCGACAGUCUAGAAAGAAGAGUUAAGGAAGAAACUUCCACAGCUGGCCACCUUCAAGAACAAACCCAUCUGUCCUCGCAGAACAUUGAGAAAUGGGAUCUAGACAAGAUUCUUGAGGAGCAGAAGCAGCAGCAAGAUAACACUCAUGCAGAAUUUGCCUUCUCUUCAACAGAUCAUGAGAUCUUCAGGUGUAGAUCUGAACAUCAGCUCAUGGAAAAACUAGCAGAGCUGUGUGGCAGGCAGUCCAGGACAAUGUCGCCAUGCCGCAGGAGGCCAUCAACCCAGAUCUCCUCUCAAGAAGAGCAAGAGAAUAAGAAGGAUGUUGCCUUCAUGUCAUCUUUACCAAGUUCUCCAAGGAUGGACACGAUGAGAUUACCCUGCCUGCCAGAGCCUCAAACUGUGUACAUUGAUUUAAGAGAUGCUAAACCACAGAAGUCAGUAACGUUCCAUGAUGAGAACCAAAGUGCAGGUGACAGCUCCACUGAAGAAGAAGAAGAAGAGACUGUGACAAUUAAGGACCAAACAGAAAGGAGGAUGAGGAAUUGCUCAGGGAAAAGCUUGCUACUGCAACAACUCCGUACAGCCCGUAAAGAAGCCUCAGAGCUUCUUCAUGAUGCACCUACCCCAGCUGAAAGACUCAGAGGCACAAAACAAGAUCCAGAAAGCCUGGAAGAGAUGGGUGCCUCUAAACUCAGUCAAAAACAAUAUUGUAAACUGAGAGAAGAGACAACAAAGGUGAUUUCCAGGAAACUGAGACUGCAACCAGAGAAAAUAAAUGUCCCCUUGUCAAGUCAGGGGAGCAAUGGAGCUGACAUAGAAAGAAAAAGCAAAGUAGAAGCUGAGAACGUUCAACAUUCAGGAAACGUUCCAGAGUCUCCUCUACCCGCAACAGAAUUGCCAAGGACAGAAGAAAGUAAGAUAGAACUAUCUCAAAAGGAAGAACAGAUGAAAGAGAAACACAGGAGACACAGAUUCCAGGAGCAGCUGGAGAGAUUGCAGCCUCAUCAGUCAGUUACUGGAAAGCAGCCCAUGGCAGAGAAAACACCGGUUUUGUUCCACAUGGAAGCCUCUUAUUUGCCAGAUAUUGACACAUUACCUAGAUCGGCCCCUAUGAAAAAUGAGGUGCUGCUUAUGACAAUUCGGCUGUCAAGUUGUGGCCAGAUAUCUACAGAUCAGUGCAGUGGGCAGGUGCCUAACGUAGAGCUGAGAGCAGCCGACAUCUACAAUGCCCUUGUGACGUGGCUUCUGUCUCUGGUGCCUCCUGUGAAAAUUAAAGGUGGACCCAAAGCUCCGUUUCAGGUGGUAGGGCUACAGCAGGCCUGGCAAGAGGAUGGAUUGGCCCUAUAUGCUUGUCUAAUGCCACCAGAUGAAUCUCCAGCCCAAAACAGCACCAAGAUCCAGAAGAUUAAAACUGAAGAAGAUCUCCAAGGAAUAUCCAUUUUUUACCAGAGGAUUACUGAAUUUCUAUCCUGUACGUGGCUUCCAGAUGUUAUUUGGUGGAGACCUGAACUGGUCAAUUGCUUCCAAAACCAACUAUAUCCACUUGCUCCUGAAAUUCCCUCUGUCCUGCUGAGUUGCAUCACUACUGUUAGUCCUGAUCCUCAGGCAGUGGAGAAAGCAUUUGCAGUGCCAAAUGGAUUUUACUGGCAGACAGUUGAAACUGAUGAAAAAUACUUCCCUAAUAGCAGCAACAUUGAGGCUUGCAGCAACACAGACACUGAGGUUGCCAUGGCAUUGCUGUUUGAAACUCUCCUCCGAAGUUCCCUAGCUACCCAUCACAUGUUGCAGCUGGUACUCAGCUCUGGUCUGGAUGUCUGUGGACUCCGCCUGCUCUAUCCUCAGCAUGAUGUGCUGCUCUCUAGCUCAGAAAAACUGCCUUCUUCCUAUGCUUCAGAGACGGGCAUGGUGCCACCAGUGCUGGCUUUGGGCGUGAGAGGGCCUAAAGCACGUAGCGCCUUGCAGAAUAUCAUGGGGCCGUCCGACCCGCAGCUGGCUGGCGUGACAGACUGCACUUCCAUCAAUGCCAUCUACUGCAGGAGCCAAGCAGAGCCUCUCGUCUACCUGCCCCAGCUGGACAGCCGCGUGCACAGGGAGCUGUGCCUCUGGUUCGGAGGGAGGGCUGCUCAUGCAGCACUGCAUGGUGGUGUCCUAGAUCCAGCUUCCAGAUGCAACAGAGUGAGGUCUCAGAGUCCUUCAUCAACUAGAGCAGAAGCAGAUGAAGAAAACAUUCAUCUCCAGGACAUGGCGCAACCUCGACCUCCAGCGAUGCUUGUCUCAACUUCCAAAGGGGACAUUAUUUUGAUGGUGUCGCCUGUGGUAUCUCCUCAUGCAUGUGGUAAUGUGAUCUCAGUCUGUACUCAUCGGGGGUUUCUUCUGCAAGGAAUCAGACGGCUGCAGCUUUCACCCAAGCAAGCCAUUGUGCUGAGCAUGACAACAAGUCAGAUUGCUGUAUUUUGCCCUAGAAAGAUUUCAAGUUCACCUGUAAAUAGUUCUGCAAGAGGAGAGCUUUCUGCUGAGCCACGCACACACAGUCUCAUUUUGUUGCUGAGAAAGGAGAACGCUAGUCACCAUAUUCCUGCACUGGUAAAAGGACUGAUGAAUGAACUGGCAAAGCAAGGGCUCCUUGGUGACAAGCAGAGCAACCUGCCUGCCACUGCUGGGCUGGAUCCCUCUGUGUGCUUUCAUGUGGCUCCUUACACCGAGACCUUGCUGCAGGCACUGGGAGGAAACCUCAGUGCAGUGCCAGACCCCUGUAACAUUCCUCUGUAUCUUUUCUGCAAUCGAAUAUAUGCCUCUGAACCUGAAAUGGAGCAGGUUGUCAUGCUGACACUGAUCGGAGUGGAUGCUCUGAAGAGUGCUGGAGAGCUUCUUUGCCAGAUCCUUCUUCCUGGGAGCAGUAACCAGUCUCAGAAUGCAGAAGGACCUGAUUCAGGAUUCGAACUUCUAGGUCUCAAAUGGUUGCCCUAUCUCACUCGAUGUCAGGCAAAAGAAAUAACCCCUUUUGAGGUUGGAGAUACUUCCUGGCAAAGAAGCCUUGAUAGACUCAUGUCAAACCCAGUCCUUGUGUGUGCAUUACGGCGGAUCAAUGCCUUCGAAGUUCUUGCAGACACACUGGAACUAUUAACACAGCACAGGGAGGAGCUAAGCAAAAGUGGGAGUGCUCUACAGAGAGUAAUGGCCUUGACCCCAGAGAUGACGUUCAGACAAGCCGUCCUCUUCUUCACAGAGAAGGAUUUUGUAACUAAUGCAGAGUACCGCCCUGCUACAAAAUACCUGCCACCACCUAGAAAAAAAUCCAGGGCUGAAGCAGAAAAGAGCCAGAGAUGCCGUGAAGAAUCACUGUUUACCUACUUGCAAACAGGAGCUCAGAUCCUUUGCACAGUGCUGCUGAUCAAACCUGGUGCCUGGAGCCAUCGUCUUGCAAGGAUCCUCCAAAAAAUAGGCCUAGAAAAAUUCACUGUGGUUGCGAUGAAACAUGUACACCUGGAACCAGACAUUGCCUUAGGACUCCUUUCUUCUGAAGUGAAGCAGGAUCCUGCUGUUUUAGAAGCUCAUUGUACCUACCUUACCUCAGGCACUUCUCUCGUGCUUUGUCUUCAAAGACCAAAUGCUGUGAAGAAGCUGAUAGAUUUACUGGGGCCGGAGGAUCCUAAAGUGGCCCAAGCAUUAGAUCCAUUCCUCUGGAGGGCUCAGUAUGGCAUCAGCACAGUCCAAAAUGGAUUUUAUGGCUCCAAAUCCUAUCAAAUAGCUGUCCGGGAUAUGAAGCUGUUUUUCCCAGAAGGGCUGUGCUGCGCCGAGUGUCAGACAUUAGAGGAGGAAGAGAUCUAUAACCUGAAACGUGACCCCAUAGUUGGUUUGGAAAUCAACAAGCAGCGCAAAAUCAUAAAACAUGAAUCGGGAGAGCGGCUCAAUUUAUUGGGCUCUGGGCAACCAUGCGAUCUUGAUCGGCCAUUGUCUGAUAACCUCUGCCAAACCACUUGCCUCGUCUUGCCUGGGAUCAUCCUUCGGGGGUCAGACCCACCUUAUGUUGAACUGCUUGAUCAGCUUAUUGGCAAAGAUUUCACAAUGACUGGAGUACGCCUCACUGUCCUGGACGCACCACAAGCUCAUUGCAUCUCUGAGAUACUAAGCAGGGCAAAGUGCAGUGUUGCAGCAAAGUGUUCCCUUUUAAUGGACGGUUUGUGUCUGGUGUUAGCAGCAGAGCGAGACAAUGCGGUCAUUUGCUUCGACUCCCUGCUGGACAGUGUCUGUUGGCAGAAGCAGUCGCUGCUGGACACUGCACAGCAUCUCCUUUAUCCUCAAAAUGAGAAACAGGCUAAAGAGCUGCUCUGUUGCCUUUUUGACUCCCUGACGUCUGACAGCAUCCACCGCAUCGAAUCCCAGGACCGCUAGCCGAGAUGGUCAGUGCCGCCAAGCAGCACGGGGGUGGAUGCCGUUGUGUGACAAACUGAGGUAACGUCUGUGACACUACAGCCUCUCCUACGGGAAGAAGGUCCGAAACCCGACAGCCGAGGGAAGUCGAAAUAAAAACCUGACAAACCGACCGAGGUGGCGACCACGGUGCCCGCCCCGCGAGGGACGCCCCGGGGAGCCCUGGGUUCCUUACCUACAUUAUUGCACGAAAGAUCGAGGACAUCGAGGGACCUAAGGCAAAAAGGAGAAAAAAAACCGCGCCUAACAUCUCUAAA